AUGGACGAGGAGAGCCUCCAGACCGCACUCCGGACCUACGGCGCCCAGCUGCAGCAGGUGGAGCUGGCCCUGGGUGCCGGCCUGGGUCCCGCCGAGCUGGCCGACCUGCGCCAGCUCCAGGGAGACCUGAAGGAGCUGAUCCAGCUCACCGAGGCCAGCCUGGUGUCUAUCCUGAAGAGCAAGCUGCUGGCCACCCUGGACGGAGAGCGCCCAGAGCAGGACGACGCCGAGUACCUGGCUUUCCAGAAGGCUGUUGCUGAAGUAGUGGAGGCGCCAGUAGCCCCCAGGGCAGAACUGGACACUGUACCUGAAAGAGAGGCUGGGCCAGGACCCAGCCAGCCUGGACUGGAGGAGGAUGAAGGGGAGGACACGGAGGAUGUGGGAGAGCUGAGUGGGACGAAGGUGAACGCCCCCUACCGCAGUUCCUGGGGCACCCUGGAGUAUCACAAUGCCAUGAUCGUGGGCACGGAAGAGGCAGAGGACGGCUCCGCAGGUGUGCGGGUGCUCUACCUGUACCCCACCCACAAGUCCCUGAAGCCCUGUCCCUUCUUCCUGGAGGGCAAGUGCCACUUCCUGGACAACUGCAGGUUCUCCCACGGGCAGGUGGUCUCUGUGGAUGAGCUGCGCCCCUUCCAGGACCCGGACCUGAGCUCCCUGCAGGCUGGUUCUGCAUGUCUGGCCAAGCAACCAGAUGGUCUCUGGUACCCAGCACGGAUCACUGAUAUGGACAGCGGCUACUACACAGUCAAGUUUGACUCGCUGCUGUUGAAGGAGGCCGUUUUGGAGGGGGACAGCAUCCUUCCCCCACUGCGCCCAGAGCCUGCAGUAUCCUCUGACUCAGACAGUGGUGACCCGGACGAUUCCAGCUAUGCCAGAGUGGUGGAACCCAGCGCCACCGACCACGGGGCCUGCAGCUCUGCCUUUGCGGGCUGGGAGGUGCACACGCGGGGCAUCGGCUCCAGGCUGCUCGCCAAGAUGGGCUAUGAGUUUGGCAAGGGUCUGGGCCGACACUCGGACGGCUGGGUGGAGCCCAUCCAGGCUGUGGUGCUGCCUCGAGGGAAGUCGCUGGACCAGUGUGCAGAGAUCCUACAGAAGAGGACCAAGGGCAGCAAGGCUGGCACUAGUCGGGCCCCAAAAUACCGGGGCAGAGGAGGCAGGCCUGGGGGCCGCUCGCCCCCUCAGAGCGUGUUUGACUUUCUGAAUGAGAAGCUGCAGGGCCAGGCUCCUGGGACCCUGGAGGCAGGGGCUGCUACCCUUGGGAGGAGGAGUGGCAAGGAGCUGUACCAUGCCAGCAAGGGCACCAAGAGGGCCCUGAGCCUGCGGCUCUUCCAGACCCAGGAGAAGAUUGAGCAGGCCCAGCGGGACAUCCGGGGCAUCCAGGAGGCCCUCGCCCGCAACACUGGCCGGCACAGCGUGACCGUGGCCCAGCUGCAGGAGAAGCUGGCAGGAGCCCAGCGGCAGCUGGGGCAGCUCCGAGCCCAGGAAGCGGGCCUGCAGUGGGAGCAGAGGAAGGCGAACACCCACAAGAAGAUGACAGAGUUCUAGAGCCCAGCACGU